AACGAAUGGUGUUAGAUGAGUAUCCAUAGUUGAGAGCACAGGAGUUCGUUUCCUUGGAGUCUGCAGGAAAUUUUUACGCGGAGAUAUUCGGAAUUCGUCGGAUAUUUUUCAUCUUUAGACACCCAUGAAAGAAAAGACUCCAAAAAUGCCAGCAGGAGGAGUAGUCGAUGUAGAGGAUAUCAUUCUCCAAUACGCUCGCAAAUGGUUUGAAGACCUUGAACAGCGUCCGCUGGAGAAGAAAUUUGGGAAGCUCCCCUGGGAGCAGCUGUCUGUGGAAGUUGAUCGGACUCGUCUCAUUGUUGAGCACGACAAUGCCCUCCAUGAGAAGGAACAAGAGGACCAAGCCGUAGGAGAAUACUCCCCACGCCAUUCUGUCCUCUUCAAAUCAAAUUAUGAGAACACGACGGGCAGUCCUCUAAAUUAUCAAAUCUGUACAGAAAGGCGCACCAGGACAAGUGUUGCACUGACUAUUACGAAAGGAUUCUGUUUUGGUGCAGGUUUUGAGAUUAAACUCGGACCCCCUGCCCUGGAGGCCAACCUCGGGCUUUCGUCCGAGUUAAGUUUCGAGAAGAGCGUCCAGACGACUAAGGAACAGGAAGUCUCAUGGACUUUGAACACUCAAGUAAACGUACCGCCUCAUACUCGUACAACAGUGGAACUAGUCGUCAAAGAUGAUGAGUACAAAGGAACUUUUGGUAUCCGGAGUUAUUUUUCGGGAAAGAUUUACGUGGAUGUGAGCAAGGACAACACGCAAUUGACGCGGUUGAUUAUUGGUGAUUUGAAACAGAUUUUCAAGGAGGAGAUGGGAUUUAAACGAUGUCCGAAAUCAAAGAGGAUUUAUUUUGACACACAUGGCAUUUGUAAUUGUCGCUAUGGUGUUGAACAACAGGUGAAGAUAAGCGAGACGCCAAUACCCAUAGAGGGCGAAUGAGAGAUUAAGAGCAGGAAUUUCAAUUUGCUGAGCUAGAACUAUAAAUCGAAUUUAAACUUCUUGGUUUAGCUGUUGUCACCUCUAUCAUAUCGGGGAGAUUUGAGAAAGACACAUUUAUGACUGGGACUGUAACACACCCAACGAUGUGUCAAAAUACCAAAAGGGACAUUUCAAUUCUAUUUUGUCCUCCAAAGCUCGGACACCUCUCUUUUUCGGACCACACACAAUCAGUGAUUGUGAGGUCAAGACCACACUGGAAAUGUCCGAGUAUCAAAUCAAAACGGCUGACAUAAAGCAGGUUUAUUUUAUUUAAAUAAAUUAACAAUUUCAUUUAGGGAGACCUUAACCUCCCCAGAAUCAUAAAUAAGAAGCAAAUCAAACAGAACUACAGAUAUGUCUCUUAAAAUAACUAUCCUGUAGACUGUGGAUCCACACUGCCGUGUUGUGAAGGAAAACCAUCCCUUCGAGGACAAGCAAGUUUUGGCAGAUGAUAAUCUGAAAAGAUGUUCUACCCUUCCCUAAUAGAGACAGAACUGUGAGGACCGUUAAAGGGACUAUAGGCAAGAGCUAGGGGGUCAAAUUAGUGAUUGCUCACCAUCUGUUUCUGCUAAUAUGCACACUUAAUGAAUGGACCGAGUUUUGUACAGCGAUGAAUAUAUUCUCUGUACAAGCAUCAAUAGUUUCUAUACAUCAUGUAAUAGGAAAGACUGGCAACUCUGUGCAAUCUAAUCAGACCCAACUGGCUCCUACCUAAGGUCUCCCUUUAAUUACUAACUUGAUUCCCUGGCUAAUGUAAA